AUUUUAUGUUAUGUUAUGGUCUUGUCUUGUGUUGUGUGAGGUUAUUUCUCACAUAUUAUACUCUUGGAUUAUUUAGUGCUAGCGUUAGUAGUUACAGUUAUUACGCUCUAUUUUUUCAGACGUUGAAGGAAUAUUACAAAUUUUAUCACAAUGCCAGAACCAUGGAAUUCUGCAACAGUUUUACCACCCCCUGUAACUAUGUUUUUAUGUGUUACUAAAUUUGAUUUGCCUGCAUUAAAAAAUAUAACCAACAAUAUCAUCAAAGUUUUAUCAAAACAGUCACCGCUACACAAAGAGAGUGCCAUUUGCUCAAGAUUUUUGUACAAAUAUGAUAAGAAAUUUCGCAAUGAUAUAGGCUAUAGGAAUUUGAGAAAGGUGAAUACAGGUCUGAAGAAAUAUUUAGCCUUAAACCUCUUGAAAGAAAUAGAAAACUUUUCAUCAGCCCUCCCAGAUGCCGAAGAUGAUGAUGAUCUUUACUUACCUUCCAGACAAAUGUUACAGUAUGUGUUAUUAAGAAUAAUGGCUUUUGCCAAAAUAAUGGUGCGAGUAUCCAUUUGUUCAAAACAAGCAGCAGUGUUCUAUUUAGACAGGGUAAAGAGGGGAGAAAGUCACUGGAUGAGUUUACUUCCUUAUGCACUAUUGAGUAGAUUGUGGUCUAUGAGUAUGGUGCUACUUCAACAUAGUACAACCUGGUAUACAAACUUAUACCCAUUUUUAAAUAAAUUGCAAAUGAAAGGACUGGACUUCCUGCCUAACAAUUAUGAAUUACCACAAGACUUGGACCAGUGGUUAGACUUGAAGCAUAUUGAUGAGUUUGGCAGGUUUGAAUGGGCUCAGAAGAAAGACAUUGAUGUGGAUAACACAUUGAAUGAUGAUGAUAAUGAUUUGUUGGAUAAUAUAUUGGAUUAUGUUAAUCAAAAUAAUGAAAAUGAAAUGGAAUCAGACCAUGAUGAGGAAAUUAAGCCUAUAUUAGUAAAAACUGAAGAGGUCCCACUUCCAGUGCCAAAUGUAACACAAAUAGAUCAUGGUGUUGCACUGUCGAGGGAAAGUUUUAAACUUCUCUUAAACACAAGUAAAAGUGGCAAAGAAGAACAAGGCCCACCACCACCACCACCAAAGAGAGAGAAACAGCAUUCCUACAAAAGUGUAACAAAUUCUCCUUCACUGAAGAAAUUUAUUGAAGUAGAAGAAAAUUUUAGGAAUGAAUCUGACAGUAAGUCACUAACUAGUCAUUUGAGCCUGAUGCAGUGGCAUGCUCUCAAAAAAUCUUUACUCCAACUCUGUGACAAUCCUACCAACAGGAAGAUAGAUAAAAAAUUCAAUAAAAUAUGGAAGGUAAAAUGUUUAGACUACAUGUAAUAAAAGCUUUUAUUAAUAAUA